AUGUUCCAGAAUAUUCUGAGGUCGCUGAGCGGCUCUUUUGCCGAGAUUGGGAGAUGGGAGCCGACCGCCGACCGUUCAGAGGUCGCGCUUCGGAAUGGCCUUGAAAAGUCAUUACUUUUUGUCUUGUGCUCGUCAGCAAUCAUGGGCAUUUCUGCCCUGACACUGGGUAUAAGCCAACAACCGGUAUACUGCGAUCGCGGACUGGCAUUUUGGAACGGCCUUUUGGGAGUAAUCAUGCUUACCUUGGCUACUGCGUGCUCCGUUGCCUUGUUCGUUGACACGCAAGCCGUCCGGUUGAUGGCCAAGCUAAUCUGGACGAAUUGUGAAUCAAGUUUCUUCGAGUAUGGAUCUGCUCCUCUCCACGUUGCUGCCUUGAUUGCAGGAUGCCCGUUGGUGGCUCUGUUAUGGAUCAUGCGCGGAUAUGUUGAUUUGACGUCUUCCCCCACAUGCCGCAACACCGCCGCUCUGCUUUACGGUGGAACUAUCACCAAUCUAACACUGGUUGUUAGUGCUCUGUCUUUCGCUGCUUUAAUGGUCAGCUACUACGUUGCCUCGUCGAAACGCUUCUACGAUAUUGCCAUCCUGGCGUGCAUCUGCGAUCCGAUCUCCAUUGCUGUCGAGGGCGUUGCUGAGCGCCUGCCGGAGCCCCCAAUAGUGCGGGUGCCUGAAUUCGUUCCGACACUCGAGGAAUGCGUGGCAAAGCUGCCCUCAUACGACAAGACAAGAUCUUUCGUGAAGCGCAUCGUCGACAUUCUUACCCCCGUGUCCCUUCCCCAGAGAUUCCAUGCUCUCAUGGAAACACGGGUGUACUAA